UAUAAUAUGAUUGAUUCUGAAAGGACUGAAUCAUCUACAACAGGCACGGCGGUGACUGUUGAUACUCCUAUUGCUGAUCAACAUAAGGAGAAGGACAUAGAUUCAUCAAUACAUACUACUACAACUACAUCUACUACAAAUACAAAUACAAAUACAAAUACAACAUUAGUAGCUAAAUGGAGUGGAAAGGAGUUUAAGGUAUCGAUAGAAAAGACAAAUACUAUAUUGGACUUGAAGAGACAGUUGGAGACAUUGACCAAUGUGUUGACAAAGAGACAAAAGAUAUUGGGCCUGUCAAAGGGUUUGCUGCCUCCCGAUGAGACCGUGAUUGGCAGUCUGAACAUACCACCCAAUCACAGUAUCAUUAUGAUGGGCACACCAGAGGCCCAGAUCAUCCAGGCGCCACCCCCAUCCGACGCCGACAACGUCUUUAACGAUCUGGAGUUUGACUACAUUCCCGACUCGGACGAGUUGUCUCAUCUCGAGGAGAACAAGAGCAAGCUGGUCAAGAUCAGAGAAAAGGCAGAGAUUGCCAUCAUCAACGCACCACGUGCCAACAAGAAGUUGUUGGUACUUGAUCUCGAUCACACAUUACUCGACUUCAAGGAUCAAGAUGUUGCCAACAUGAAGAGGCCAUACCUUGAGGAGUUCCUUACAGCAUCAUAUGAGCAUUAUGAUAUUGCUAUUUGGUCACAGACGAGCUGGAAAUGGAUAGAGAUCAAGUUGACAGAGCUUGGAAUGCUGACCAACCCAAACUUCAAGAUUGGCUUUGUUUUGGAUCAAACAUUGAUGUUUAGCGUAACAACAUAUAGAGCAUUGUCAGGCAAGGAGAGAACAAAGAUCAAACAUCAGGUCAAGGCGUUGGAUAUUAUUUGGAGUCACAAGGUGUUGGGACAGUAUUACACUGCCAAGAACACAUUGCACGUGGAUGAUCUAAGCAAGAACUUUGCCAUGAAUCCCAAGAACGGUGUACAUAUACCAGCCUUUAAGAUAAAGGAACAGAAACAACCAGACAAUGUACUAUAUCAUCUUAGUCACUAUCUAAAGAUUGUGGCCACAGAAUCAGACGUUACCAAAGUAAACCAUAAUGUAAGUGUUGAUCAACAACCAAACGAUCAAACAACCAUCCAUACUAACCAACUAACUGACUGGCUGACUGAUCGAUCAAACAACAGGAAUGGACCAAGCGGACGAAUAAUAAAGAUUGAUUGGUUGACU